AUGGCCCCGACACCUUCAUCGGAGGAGUCGCCCGCGUCGACAUCUGGCCCGGCACAGCCGCAGCAGAAGCAGAAUCAGCCGCCUGACUCGCCUCAGGAUAGGAUAAGGAGGAACGUAGCUUGCAUCAGCUGUCGCGACUCCAAAGUGCGGUGUAGAGCGAGUCCUGUCGCCGGACAGCCCUGUCAGCGAUGUGCCAAACUAGGUCUCUCAUGCGUCUACGAUAGAUCGCACAAGAGAGUCACAAAGAGAAGCAAACUCGAACUUUUGGAGCAAGAGUUGAAGAGCAUCAAGGAAGCUGUUAAUCCGAGGAACAAUGGAGAGACGACAUGGAGUCCCUCAAAUUCUCACGGGAGUAAUCCCAUGUUUCCAGAUUCGACAAGCCGACUUGCUUCAAUCACGAACACAUCCAUCCUCUCAGCGCCAGCUCCUCUACAGGACUCAUCAUCAAACCAGCUCACAACUACAACUACAGCAUAUGAAAAGACUGGACCGACAAAACCUCGUGUCCUCGGCGACAGACUUUUGCCCGGCGAAGACAUUGACUGGUACUUUGAAAAGUAUUUACAGUGCUUUCAUCCAUAUCUCCCCAUAUUGAGAAAAAGGGAUCCGGAUGAAUGUUACGCGGCAUGUCCAACUCUCUUCUGGGCUGUGAUAUAUGUUGCCAGCCGUCGAUACGCCAGGGAUGAGAACAUCUUCACCACCCUCGUCGACCGCCUCAACCGCGAUGUAUACACCCUCCUCGCUGCCGUCGCCUUGGAUCUCGAGGCCAUCCACGCCAUUCUCAUCAUCUGCGCCUGGCCUUUCCCGACCAUCAGAUUCGUGACAGAUCCGUCACCGCUGCUCAUCAGCGUCGCCUUCAACUCGUGUAUGCUCCUCGGUCUACACACCGGCCGAGGAUCUCAUUCUAGGUUCUUGAUCGGCGGUCGGCAGAACCUGACCUCGACAGAUCAUGACGCGUCGGUAACUUGGAUAUUCUGCUGCAUUCUUUCACAGAAGAUUGCUACAGGGAGUGGAACGCCGCCUCCCUUUAUACAACACGAUGACACUCAAUGCAAGAACAUCGUCAAAGAUACCCUUGCACCAGAACUACUUACUCUAUUCGAGCUACAAAAGUUCAGCAAUCGUCUACACACAGCCAUGGCAGCACAAAUCUGUGCACACAACGGGGUCUCUGAAGCAGUGGUCAGAAACUGGGAGGACGAGUUUGAGCUGUUCAAGCCAAUUGUCACAAGAGUCGAGACGGAUUGCUCCCGCUUCAUGAUACUCUCGACCCAGCUUGAAGUCCAAUCCUAUUACUUCCUCUCACCCCCGACGCUUCGCCCCAACUUUGCCCUUAACGCCCUCCGCGCCUACAGCACCUCCCACGAUCUCAUCAACACAGCCAUCGCCCUCGAGACUGCCUCGCAGUUCCUCACACACGGAACUCACUGGAUAUACCGCUCUGCCGUCGACGCCGGUUGCAUCCUCCUCUCGACGCUACACUCGACCGCCGCCCCGCGCCACCUCACCCCAGCCGACGCCGACGCCCUCGCCAUGCGUGUUCGCUCCGUCCUUCAAAGCUGCUCCGUCCGCGAAUGCGACCUCCCCGCGCGGGGCUCCGUCAUCCUCGAGACAUUUUGGUCCGUGAGGAAUCUGCUGCCCAAGUCGGAGGAACCCGUGAGCGCGUUCCCAGAACGCAUCGGUGCUGCUGUCACGUAUUGGUGUCUCAACCGUUUCAAGGAUGCGCUGCACGAGGCAAAGAGAAGCACAGAGGGUGUGAGCAGAGGCUUAGAGGCUUUUCAUACUAAUCCACCGGUCACUAAUACGGAUGAAAAUAACAAUCAAGAUAAUACCCUCAACAACGCUCAUGAUCCAUUUCAAGGUAUUGACUGGUCCAUGGUGAUAGACGACUUUGGAUGGGCCGGAGACACACCCGUAUUCUUAGGACCCCCAUAG